AUGUCGCUCCGGUUUUCUGGCGGGUCCAGGCGCUCUUGCUUGCAGUCUGGAGCUGGGUCUGUCAGACCACCCAGCGGAGGUGUGGCAGGUGGCAGUGCAGGCGGCAGCUCCGUGGCUGGCGGUGGAUUUUCCUGUGCCCUGGGGAUCCCCAAUGUUGGGAGCCAUGCGGGAGGCGCCCUUGGAAACACUGCUGGAAAUGAACGAGGACUCCUCUCGGGGAACGAAAAGGUGACCAUGCAAAAUCUCAACGACCGCCUGGCAUCCUACCUGGAUAACGUGCGGGCUCUGGAGGAGGCAAAUGCUGAACUGGAGAGAAAGAUCAAGAGUUGGUAUGAAAAAUACGGACCUGGGUCUUGCCGUGGACUUGAUCAUGACUACAGCAGAUAUCACCUGACGAUCGAGGAUCUGAAAAAUAAGAUUAUCUCUUCCACUGCUGCUAAUGCUAAUGUCAUUCUGCAGAUAGAUAAUGCCAGACUGGCUGCUGAUGACUUCCGACUAAAGUAUGAAAACGAGCUCACCCUUCACCAAAACGUAGAGGCAGACAUCAACGGGUUAAGGCGGGUUCUGGACGAGCUGACGCUUUGCAGGACCGACCAGGAGCUGCAGUAUGAAUCUCUGAGUGAGGAGAUGACCUACCUCAAGAAGAACCACGAAGAGGAAAUGCAGGCUCUGCAGUGCGCCGCGGGAGGCAACGUGAACGUGGAGAUGAACGCYGCCCCCGGGGUGGACCUCACGGUGCUGCUGGGCAACAUGCGAGCCGAGUACGAGGCCCUGGCUGAGCAGAACCGCAGGGACGCCGAGGCCUGGUUCCAGGAGAAGAGCGCCACGCUGCAGCAGCAGAUCUUCGACGACGCUGGGGCAGCCACCUCCGCCAGGACCGAGCUGACGGAGAUGAAGCGCACCCUGCAGACGCUGGAGAUCGAGCUGCAGUCCCUCCUGGCAACGAAACGCUCCCUGGAGUGCUCCUUGACAGAGACUGAGGGCAACUACUGCACGCAGCUGGCACAAAUCCAGGCUCAGAUCGGGGCCCUGGAGGAGCAGCUGCACCAGGUCAGGACUGAGACCGAGGGCCAGAAACUGGAGUAUGAGCAGCUCCUAGACAUCAAGGUCCACCUGGAGAAGGAAAUUGAGACCUACUGCCGCCUGAUAGAUGGAGAUGGAAAUUCAUGCUCCAAAUCAAUAAGCUUUGGAUCAGAAAAUUCAGGAAAUUCAUCUAAAGAUUUAGCCAAAACCACACUGGUAAAGACGGUGGUGGAAGAGAUAGAUCAACGUGGUAAAGUUCUUUCAUCCAGAAUUCACUCCAUUGAGGAAAAGACAUCUAAAAUAGUCAAUGGCAAGACAGAACAAAGGGUUCCCUUCUAG